AGAUUUCAAGUAAUCGAGGAUAUAGAUAGUAGAAACAAUUGCCUGUUUGCUUCCAAACAGAUCAAUAAAAUCUUACUCAUGGUCCAUCCUGAGACAGCUGUGCUUUGGGAGCACAAUGAAGGAGAUGUCGUGUAUGCCUGCAUCAGUGUUUCUGGAUCUAAAGCAGAACCAACCAUAUAUAUCUGAGUCUUGGUGCAUACAAUCUGCUGUUGUACCUCUUUUCUUGGAAGACUGCACAGGCUGGGCAGGAGUUUGUGGCAUUUUGCAGCCAAGUCUCUGGCUUUAUUUGCACAUCAGAACCAAAGAGUGCAGGAUGCAAGAUUCUACGUUUUCGUACCAGAUUAUUGUAACAGUGCAUCAUAGCAGUGUGGAAAAACUUGAGAAGAAAAAUUAUGGGAAGAAGUUUGAAAUGAAGUUGUUUCUGCAAUUACACUCACUCUUCCCUUAAACCAGAGGACAAAAGACAUGGGUUUGCAUUUUCAGGGUGGGAACUCUCUGGCUUUAGUGCAGAAGUCUGCAGCCAGUUGUAAAUAUGGGCCAGGCCAAAUACCCAAGCAGUUGACAACUGUUUCCCACAAUGCCAAGUAGCAGAAAGCUGGGGAAAGAAUGUAAAAGCAAUGAGUGACAGUGCUGUGACAGUACUGAGGAUCUGUGAUGGAUCCCACCCAUUCUUCCUUCUGUGUUUUUGGCCUCCAGAAUGUGAUGGGUAUCUGUGGGAUGAACUGAGUCAUGUGAGAGCUAUGCUCUGACGCCCUUGGCAGCAGGUAGUUGUGGAGUAGCUCUUUCCAAAACUAAUGCACCCACAGAAAUAUGGGAAUGUUUCUUCUGUGGGAGAGAAAAUCAGUGCAUCCGAGUCCACAGUGUGUUCAUGCCUGUCCUGGAGAUUAUUCUCAAGCAUUUGCUGUGUGGUUUCAAGUUAAUGUGUUUAACUCUCUCCUUAUGUAAAUAGGUUUAACUGCCUUUGAUGUCAGUAGGAACUGUGCUGGCUGAACCCUUGGUUGAACUUAGGAGUCUUAUAUAUUCAGGGAAUACUUUCACCUCUCACCCACAUGGUGAUUUUGAAUGCUAAAUUAAGAAAGAACAAUUUCCUACAAUGCAUUUACUUUUAUAUCCCUUUGGGAUGACUUCCCCUACACCUUGGUCUUGCAGUUGAACAACCUUACUUUUGUGUGUUUUUCCAACUUUUAUCUCCUUACACUUGAAGUCAAAUCUAGAAAGAUGCACUACUUGUCUGUGUUCGUUCUGUAGUCUGAAAUGGCCAUUAUAAAAAUGUUGGAUCAGGGAUAUGACACCUUUGCAUCUAAGAGAAGUUCACAGCCAGUCUCUAAAGACCAGCUGUGUUUACCUGCAACUAUAAUCAGCUGUCUUUGUGCUCUCCAUCACACAACAUCAGUAAGGAAUUUGGGGCCCUACAUGAUCUUCUGCUCAGUGUUUUGAUUCAUGCCUCAAAACGACGUUUAUAACCAGCCUUCAUUUACUGACAUGUUAAAUUUAAAGUAAGCAGCUCUGUAUUUCCUCUUAUACUGGCUCUUGCAGUUGCGACAUUAAAGAAAAUAAUCAUAAUAAAAAUCAUUAUCUCAUUAUCCUUCUGUCUUCAGAUGUUUUCCCCCUAAGGCCACAUGACACUGCAUGCAGCCUGUGUCAGUGCUAACCAUGGCCAUGAGGAGUGGUUUAUCUUAUUUUGCUAUGCUUCAUUAUCCAUCUGUCUGCGUCGGAGUUUACUUUUCCUUUGUCUUUAAUAUUUUUGAAUAAGAACUGUCCUUAUUUCAGGUUUGUGCUGCACUUAGCACAGUAGGCUGCUAGGGCUUCAGGAACCACUAUUAAAAGUACUGAAUUCCUUUAGCAAAAAGGACUAACCAUUGAACAGAUCAGAAUUGUGCCUCUGAACUCCCAUUCACACGUUCUGCCCAUGGCAUUGAGUAGUGUGUCCAGUAUUUCUGUGGGUAGUUCUUAGGAUUAUCAGCUCUGGGGACUGCUUUGAGAGGGCCUUUUGGCUACUGAAACUCCUGCCUGGUUUACUCCAGCUUUGCUUCAGCUUUACAGGGCUGCAAGGUCUACCACUCUACUGAUCCUGCUGCAAUUUUCAUGAUACUCUGUUAUUAAGAUAACCUGUUCCUAUUGUUGCACAUUUUGUUUUCUUUUGACCCAUCUUCCUGCAUAGUAUGGGCCAAAAGAGGCUAACAGAUGAAAUCAGUGGGAAAAUGGGAGGGUUAGAGAGAUAUAAAGUGAUGUCUGGGUUACAUACUGAUACUGUUGCCUGUCCCACUAUGCAAGAGCUCUCAGUUUCCAUAUCUUCAUCCAACAUGUCAAUUAUCUUAUAUUUCCCCCUUCCAAUUUCUAUCUAUCUAUCUAUCUAUAUGCAUAUGCAACUAAACAUGAAGCAAACCUACUGAUACAGAUAAUUAACCUGCUGAAUCCUUGAUUUCCCAACUGACAUUUUACUGCCUUAUUGUCUCUUUCAGAGAAUCGCAUUUCUAGCUUUGAGUCGGCUCUCUGGGAAUUAAGGGCAGCCUGGGGACCAGCUUCACGAAGGAGUGCCUUAGCCCUGCCUUUCCCCCCAUCUACUGCUCAUUCUGUGCCCUCAGCCCAGGUUGCUGAGCUGGGAGCUGCCCGCAGAAGCGUUUCUCUGUGUUUUUCACCGAGGCCUCACUGCUGCUGACUUUUAUUUUAAUUCUUCUCCAUACCCAUCCUCGUGUCCCUGUAUACUGCUUUACCUUACUGUUUGGCAACCUGCGGUGCAGAAGGCAGAGGUAUUAUUUUACAGCAGAAAAUCGCACCGUACUCCCUAUCCAGCCACGUGUUUCUACCGGCAUUCGAGGAAUCUCUUUUCCCCUACGUCCCCCGUGCGUAACCUGGGAACGGGGACCCACACAGAUGCGAUACGGGGAGGAGGUGCUGUCACGGUGUAACGAACUCUCUGGGCGGUGCGAAGCGACGGUGGCACGAGCCGUACGGACUGCCGCUGCCGGCGGUGGGGCAGCAGGGCUGAAGGAGCACCGCUCCGACACCGCCAGGCGACGUGCGGCGCAGCUCCGCCCGACGGGAGCGCAGCUCACACGGCGAGACGAUGCCUCGUGCUACGAUCGAGCCGUUUGCUCCCCGAGCUGCAGGGCCGCCUGUUGAGCUUUUUUUUUUUUCUCGGUGGGGGAUGCAGCUGCUGCUGCCCACAGGUGUCGGUUGGCUCCAGGUGACUCUGCCGCCUCGUGCAGCGGGGGGGGAGCAGAACCCUGAGGUAAACCGCCCCGACGCACGCACACAUACACACACAUACACACCGUAUCUUCGGUUAUCAGUACGCAUCUGAGAGGAAUCGAGCGCAAAUUAAAGUCUGAAGAUGCCUAACGUCAGAUGGGGUCAGGAGCUCCGAGAUAUCUCCGCUUUGCUGGCGGACGCAUCGGCUCUUUUUAUUGAAAGUAUUCCGGGCACGCAGAAACAAUGGACUGAAGCGGAGAAGCCCGAGCUGCGGCUGUUGCUAGGGGACAAACCCGCCGCCAGCACCGGGCGGCUGCCGGGUGGAAAAGGACUCAGUACUGCUUUCCUGUUUCUAGCGGGUUUUGCAAAGGAAUACUCCGCAGUCUUCUACGUCCGAAAAGUGAGUAAGACAUCCAGUAUGUACCGGUUGUGCCUGGUGACAGUAGCACUGACAACCUAGCUGAAGUCAGCUGGGAAAGCACGCCCAGAGCCUGAAGGCAGCAGCUCCUGUUUGCAACGGUCCCGCGGUGCGUGCAGACGGCUCCUCCUGCUCCUCCUCCUCCUCCUCCCCGCCCCGCGCUCUGCAACUUCCAGCCGGGCAGCGCGGUUGGCUCCGAGGCGCAGCGCUGCACCUGUAACGGGUGCACGGCUCCGCUCUGCGACCUUUCCUGGCGGUUCGGGGGAAGCGAAGCUGAGUGCAGAGGCUGAGGCUCGCCGCCUGAGAGUUCUGAGCGCUGCACGAACUUUGCAAAGAACUCUGCCUCGAUAUUUCUGGACUCUGUGAGAAAAAGACCUUCCGUCGCGUUUGAGCCAUGAGCGGCUGUUCCAAGAGGUGCAAGCACGGCAUUGUCAAAUUUGCUCAGACGAUUUUCAAGCUUAUCACGGGCACUCUCAGCAAAGAUAAAAUUGAAGAUGAAUUAGAAAUGACUACGGUGUGCCACAGACCCGAAGGCCUGGAGCAGCUUGAAGCGCAAACCAAUUUCACUAAAAGAGAGCUUCAAGUGCUUUACAGAGGAUUUAAAAAUGAAUGUCCUAGCGGGGUGGUUAAUGAAGAGACGUUCAAACAGAUCUAUGCACAGUUUUUUCCUCAUGGAGAUGCUAGCAUGUAUGCACAUUAUCUCUUUAAUGCAUUUGACACUGCACAGAAUGGCUCGGUGAAGUUUGAGGAUUUUGUGAUGGCGUUGUCAAUUCUGUUGCGGGGAACAGUUCAUGAAAAGCUAAGAUGGACGUUUAACCUGUACGACAUAAAUAAGGAUGGCUAUAUAAACAAGGAGGAGAUGAUGGAUAUAGUAAAGGCAAUUUAUGAUAUGAUGGGAAAGUACACGUAUCCCGUGCUGAAGGAAGAUGCUCCAAGGCAGCACGUAGAAGUGUUCUUUCAGAAAAUGGAUAAAAACAAAGAUGGUGUUGUAACUUUAGAUGAGUUUAUCGAAUCAUGUCAGGAGGAUGACAAUAUCAUGCGGUCCUUGCAGCUCUUUGAGAACGUAAUGUAACCAUGCCUGGAAAGCUCUGGAAGAGUCAGAGACUGCGUGUGUAACAAAGACCUCCUUUCUGGGUGAAAGCUUUUUAUAAUUCAGCCAUGUUCAAUUCAGCCAGCGUGUGAGGAUUUUGUACGACAUCUCCAACCAAAUGGCAACUGAAUGCAACUGAUCCCAUCUCUCCUCCGCAAGAGACGACGGUGGACCUCUAUUUCAUUUUGGAAGCAUGCAAAUACUUUAAUAAAACCUGAUGAGAGAGCUGCUGCUCGAAGCUCAAUGAGUAAUACACAGCAUUCUGUUUGCAAGCCACAACUCCUGCUUUAAUCUAGCAAGCUUGAUUGCGUGUGAUAGCUCAUGUUGAUAGCAUUUUCAGCCACCUAUUGCAAUCAAAAAGCUCAGUCCAUACAACCAUAUGGCAAAAUGUUUUAUGGAUGCCUUGCCUUUAAUCUGCUUUGACAAAAAAAAAAAAAAAAAUUGAAUCUACAAGGGCCAUCUGUAAAAAUGAACAGUGAAUGUACCUAGGACGUUAAGCAGACAGCCCGUGUAGCCAGCAUCCCCAUUUCUGCAGAGAUCUUGCUUCUCACAUGCACUGGUGCCACCACGCUGAGGCUGGUGGACGUAUUCCUGAGCACAUUAACUAGAGGAACUCGAUGCCAGGGUUAGUCAGAAAGGAGCAAAGCGUGAGUAGCAUGUAAAUUUCAAGCUGCAGAGCAAAUCUGAUCAAUGAUGGUAAGUUGUUGCAGGACCAGGUAGGUUUAUAAGGGCUGCUAGAGGAAGGUGCGUACCUGCUAUGGUCCCAGCCACCUUCUGCAGUCCUGCUACGUUGUGGGACACCGAGCGAUUCUCUGUUGUGCACCUCAGCAGCACCAUGGCUGUGUGUGAUGGUCCUUUCGCUGUGGUUUGGCACCUGCUUCCUAGAUGCAUCACUUAACAUUUGUAUUUCUCCAUUAGAUGUUAAAGCAAAGUGUUUUCCACUCUGUGGAUUUAUUUAAGCUUCCCAGGUUUACUUAUGGCUGAAAAGGGCCAUGUGGUGCAGCUUUGCUCCCACAUAAAGGCCUUGGCACCCACAGAGUGCCAAAUAAGUUUAAUUGGCACCCACAUGGUUGCUGUUAGUAUCAGAAAUGUCUGCCAGGGUAGCUCUGCAUUUUCUGUAGCAAAAUCUUUAUCCCCAAGGCAGUUGCAUGUCUUGUACAAGUCCUGAUCCUUACUAAUGCCCCAGAGAGCUUUGUUGUGGGGAACUGUUGAUCUGUUUCUUUCAAGAGGGAAGCAGGAAGAGUCAUGUAGCAAAUUGAUAGCAAGGCUGGAUUAUGCCCAGUAGACGUGUCUGCUGAGGAACACGUCAGCCUGCUUUGCAGAGGACUCUUAAGGAAAAUGGCUGUUCCCAAGCAGCUGAUGGUUGGGAAACCAAGGGAAGGAGGGAGCAGCCUCCUGUACCAACUGCACAAACCACACACAAAGGAGAAUCAAUCCCCUGUCGUAGUCCAACGUCGUUCCUGUCCAGUAAGCAUAUAUUUUUAUUAUGUCAGAUACUAUAUUGCUAAUAUACUGUUGGCACUGAAGAUAUAUUUUAAAUAUUAUGUAUGUGGAAGCUUUUUAUAACACUAAAUAUAUAGUAUGCCUAAUUUCUGUAGCCCUAUGUUUUAUAAAAAAUAAUAAUGAUCAUCUAUUGAAAUAUUCCUGGUUGUAGAAGUAGGUCUGAUCAGUACUAGAGUAAUGCUAUGUUUAUUCCUCAAGAUGGAAUGUGUUCCCUUUAUCUGGGCUUCUGCAUACUCUUCUGUGUGGUCUUUGCUUUGUUCCCCCGAGUUGACCACUUGUCAUCAAAACAGCUGGUCAGCUGAGAGAAGUUACUUGUAUGCAGGAAUGACACCUUAGUCUCUCUCCUGUUCACUGCCUUGUACGCAGUUGCCAUGAAUUAAUUCCUUCUAGCAAGUAUACAGAGCAGAGCAGCUCGUGAUGUGCUGGGAUUCACAGAAGGGAUGCAGUGCUGUGAGAGUAGCCUUGUCUUCCAGCUGUGCAGUGUUGUCUAGUUGGUUCUUGUUUAAUAGGCACUUGAUAAAGACAUCAGCUGCAGCUGGAAUAAUGCCCAAUAUUUAUGUUGUUCCUUCUUGCGAUUCUUCUUAUAAUCACUUGGGCAAAUAACAGCCUUCAGUGCAACCAGCAACCUGCUUUUUUCUCCUCCAUCCCUACAAGCAUGUGUCUGUUGUCAGUCUGAGCAGGUAACGUCACUGGACCAAAAAAAGGGAAAGCAACCAUUUGUGCUGAGUUGUUCAGUGUCUUUCACCUCUAACAGUGAUGCUCCAAAUGUGCUCACAAGAUGGCCCAUAUAGCCUGAAUAUUUCUCAGAAUUGGAAUGUGCCUUUUUCAGUAGAACAGAAGCAUUAUUAGAUGCGUGAUUCUUGUAGUUCCUGGAGCUAAAUUAAUUUCUGGAGCCACUCUGAAUUUGGCCUCAGCUGUAUUUUCAGUCUCCACUAGCAGAAUUGUUGUGUCCCAGGGACCAGAACUGCUCUGGGUCAAGUACAGCCUGACUGAGCAGCACACCUGAAAUAUUUGCAUGUUACUCUCAACGUAUCUUUAAGUGCAUUGCCGAAGCCAGGCUACUAUUAGAGCCCUUACACUUUUGGUUUUUCUCCUCUUCUGCACUGCUGUAGUUUUUUUUCAGUUCCUAGUAAUGAUGGCUGUGUGUUAGGAAGAGAGGGAGAUGCUGAAAGCUGCUCUGGUCUUGAUUCUGCCCCUAAGCCAUAACCAGAGCCCAGCUGCCAUUGCCUGUGCCUCAUGCCUGCCAUUUGCUCCUGGAUUGCUGCUUCUCUGUUCCCCUGAAGAUGCCAUCCAGAGACCCAGGCAGUGCAGUGGUCCCAGGGGAAACUCAUGGGGUUCAAUAAAUCCAAGUGCAAGGUUUGGCACUUGGGUUACAGCGAGCCCUGCUAUCAGUACAAGCUGGGGGAUGUAAGGAUAGAACACAGCCCUGCCAAAAAGGACUUGGGGUACUGUGGAUGGCAAAUGGAUGUGAGUCAGCAAUGUGCCCUCACAGGAAAUGCCUGUGAACUAAAAGAGGGGAGAUUUAGGUUGGAUAUGCAGAAGAAGAAGUUUUUUACAGUGAGGGCAAUGAGGCAGUAGCACAGGGUGCCCAGAGAUGAGAUGGAUGCACCAUGCCUGGAGGCACUCCAGGUCAGGCUGGAUGGGGCUCUGAGCACCUGAUGUAGUGUAGGUGUCCCAGUUCAGUGCAGGGAGUUGGACCGGAUGGCCUUUAAAGGUCCUUUCAACUCAAACUCUUCUGUGAUUGUAAGUCUGUUGCUAAAAUAGGAGGAUUUGCCAUGUGACGCACAACAGCAGCAUUUCCUGUAGCUCUGAUUGUAAAUUCUGGCUGUGUCAGAGCAGUUGCCUUUGUGAAACCAUUUAUUAUCCUGUGUUUGUCUACGAUUCCAAUGAUAGCAGCCAGAGGCUUGUGUGCAUCAGUGCCCAGGGGCCUCGGGGCUUUCCGUGAGCAGCAUCCAUGCAUGUGGCAGGUGACAGAGAUGCAGUGACUGUGAGAGAGUCGUCCUCUGCAUGGAAAUGUCUUUGGGUUUGCCUUUUAUGUUCUUGGUGAAUGUUAGUUUGUAAGCUUGCAAAGCCUCUCAUCGCUCAUAAAUGAGGCUUGCAAUAUUUAUGGCAAAUACUUACUGUUACAGCUUUCUAAAUAAAACAUAGUAUGCUGUUCUGAUCUCAUCUCACCAUCGAUCCUCUUGCCAGGAUGUGAAGGAAGCUGCUGUGCUGCUUGCUAAGUUACAGUUAGACUCUGUCAGUGCUAUCAGCUGUGCACAUUUUCUUGAAGCUGUGAAUGUUUCAAUAACAUCUGCAUUGUAAGUCUGACUGUUUCACUACUUACAAGCAUUAAUCUGCAUUUUCAUGCCAGCGUUUUCUAAUGAAAGCCUUUCUAACAUGCGCUUUAGGCAACCAUCUGUUGAAAAAUAGGAAUAUGAUGAAUGAUGCAAAAAAAAAAAAAAAA